UUUGCAAAAAAAUGCCUUGAAUUUUUUUUAAUAUUACCUACUAUGUUGUCUGUGUUGUUGGAUACCUCUAUUCCAUUUUUAUUUCUGUCUUCAAGUGGCUGCACUUGUAUAACUGUAUUUUUGUUUGAAGGGUAUAAAUUGAGCAAUGGAAAAGAGGGACUCGUUUUUCUUGUCUGACAAGAAUAAAAAGAAGAAUGAAAAAGAAGUAAAACAAGAAUACAAGAGGAAAAGGCAAGAAGAGUUUAAUAGGAACCGUGGAGUGGAGAAACAGAAUGAGGAGAAGAAACCAUUUGACAAAAAGACUUAUAGGUUAAAGAAGUAUAGUAAAAAAUAUAAAUUAGAGCAGUGGGAGGAACAAAGGAAGAAGAAGCUAUUGAGAAAUUACUAUAAAGAUAUUAAAAAUGAUCCAUCCAAUGGUUCAUACAAACCUAAAGGUUUUGAUGAGGAUAAAGUAGAUUCUAAUCAAGAUGUGGGCAGAUAUGUUAGACAUCCUGAUUUAGUAGAAAAAGAAGUGCCAAUAAAAAAGAAAGAUUCUUUUCAAAAGGCUAAAGAACAAUACAACAAAAUGAAGCAAGAAAAAUUGCAACAGAGAAAAGAGUUAGAAAAAGCUAAGGAGGAAAGGAACCAGAAGAUUCUAGAGUAUAAAAAGAAGAAACAGGAUAGAUUCAAGAAGUUGAGUAAGAAGAAUAAGAAAGGACAACCUGUUAUGACAGGACGAUUGGAACUGCUUUUGGAGAAAAUACAAAAUUCCAAAUAAAUAAUGAAAUUGUAUUUUUGUUAAAUUACUAAAGCUUAUGGCAUUUCUUUUACAAUAGGACAAAUGUAAGGAAUCAUGCUUAUAUAAUUAAUUGGUAGAAGGACAGAUUACAGCAUUUUACUCAUAAAUUUAUUAUUAAUGGAAAUUUUCAUGUGACAAAACACUAUAAGUACGAAUAAAAAAUGAAGAUAAUGGUAAUUAACAACACCAUAACAUUCUCCAUACAGUUCUCUGGGAAUGAUGAACACUAGCCGUCUUAUUAAUAAUCUUAUUUUUUUUAUUAUUCAAUUUAGAAUGGCAAACAAGCUGACGGCCCACCUGGUGGAAAGUGGUAACCGUCGCCUAUAAACAUGAGCAAUACCAUGGACAUAACAGAGUAUACUGUUUCACCCAUGAUACCCCCAUACAUUGCCAUUCCUGUGGACUCGGGUGUUAUUCCUCUGUACCCAGUAAAUUCACGCCAUAUCCCACUCUUCAAACCGAAACACAGCCAUGCAAGCACAACUGCUUCACGGUAGAAACAUGAAUGGGACAGAGGUACCCAAGCAAUCGACUUUUGUACAAAGUCUCCCUCUGGUAUAAUCUUAUCAUUUUCAUAACCCCAUUUCCUUUAAAUUAUUUGACAAUGUAGUGAAAUGCCAAUAUGUUUGGAAAGAUUUGUUAAUUUGUUUUCUGAAGUAGUUGAUGCAUUUUUUAUAAAAAAAUGUGUCAAUUUGUUUUUUUAAAUAACAGAGGCAACUUCUAUAAAAAAAUUACCAUACUUGCGACUGAGUUGUCUUUGCUUUUGUUUUUGCUAUGGCAAUUUACCAUGCUAAUGUUGCAAACAGAAUCCUUUGUUAAUAAUCACCUAAUCAGAAUAACCAUAAAUGUUUGUUAACAAAUUGUAAACAAUAUUUUUAUCGACGAUGCUAAUGAAACAUCAUUUUGAACUAUAUGCACAUUUGUUUAGUUGUUUCUGUCAAUAUUUUAGUGUGUUUGCUUUAUGUACGACCUUUUUUUUUGUGUUGCAAAUAUAACUGAAUAAAUACGUUUUUGAAACGUGAGUAGUAAUUA